AUAUUUGGGCUUUUUUCACGCACCAGCCCAGUAAUGGACUGAGUCUGAAACCCGAAAUUGAAAAAAACUAGCUGCAAUUUUGAGCUUCAGAUUGAGAUUGGGAAGCCGAAGCAGUGAAGCACAAGUCAGAUAUUUUCCUUCCUUCAAAACCACAGAAGAACAGAUCAUGAGACUCUUAAUUCAUCUAAUUCCAUUCGUCUCCCUGUUUCCCGCCUUAUUCUCUUCUCUCUUCGCUCCCUCCCAAACAACAUGUUCACCGCACCACAUCAACGACAACGACGACAAUUCCUCCCUCUGCCAACUCCACCAAUUCCAGCUCAAGAUCGAUCACUUAGAAUCAGUUCUAGCAGAAAGCAUUCAAAACCUGACCGAGAAAAUCGAUCGUAUCGAAGAGCGCGAGAAGCGCAUUGACGACAUGGCGCAGAAGAUCCAUCAUUUGCAGUCUGUUUUAUCCACUCUGAAGGGAGACUCAUUGGCUACUGAUGAGAGGCUUAAGGCUUUAGAAGAAGAGGUACGGCUUCUGUGGACUGCAUCAAGAAAGUACAACUUUGAUCUUCAUGUUUUAGAGUCUAAAGCACAAGAUACUGAGGAUAGACUCCAAACGGUUGCCUCUCAGGCUCAAAAGAUGGCUGACGUUGUUACAGAACAAUGGAUUCAAAUUCAGCGACUUGAGCAGGCUCUUCAUAUUACACAAAUGAGGACUAUGAGGGUUCAAAGACAAUUAACAAGAUGCAUAUUCUUGAAGUUCAUAAACAACCUUUCUGAUGACCCUCUGCUGAAGACGCUUGGGCCUAACUUCAGAUCCUAUUUCUCUCGAGCUUUGCAUCAGUUCAAGAGAGUCUUUGCAGAAUUUAAAAGGUCUCACCAUGAGUUACAACAUUUCAUCAAAGAGAAACUGGAAAAGAAUGAAUUCACAGCAGCUCUUGCAAAUGAGGAAUUAGUUUUCUUUAUGGCUUCCGCAUUAAUCACCUUCCCAGUAAUGAGUGCUUGGAUGUUGCUCUCAUCAAAACUCACUAGCUGAAAGCAUCACAGGUUCUGAAUGAAAGAAAUUUUCGAGAAUUUGAUAUUGUUGACAGGUAUAUUUGAUAGCAACUGUUACUAUGUUGGCCUAAGUUAGGAGAUUUGACGCAUAGGUCGGCAACUGUAACCAUUACAAACAUGAAUGUAGAAUAGUUUUAAAGAUAUCUGAUGCACUUUUUUGUUAGA